AUGUACUUUGGUUUAGGCAUAUCACACACAUAUCCUCUAAAUGACGACCCCGGCCGCCUCCACCCCGAAGCCAGCCCCCCCCCAAAAGACCUCCCCACUCCUCCUCUGGGCCCACCCAGUCCCCAAGAUCCCCUCUUCCUCGCCCUCACCGCACACUCCCUCCUCCUACCUGCCCUGCACUGCUUCCGUCUCUGCCACCAAUAUGGCACAUCAACGCACCACACCUCUACUCUCCUACCACCUAUCUCACGCCUCCCGUUAUCUGUCUCAGCCCUCAUCGAGCACUACCUCUUCGUUGCCGUCCGCCGCUCUGUCCAAGACUCAUGGGACGCCGGGCUGAAGUCACAGGGCAUGUGUAUGCGCUGCCGUGCUCCUGUGCCCCAGGGGGGACUGAGCAGGGAGGAGGCACUGCGCAGAAGGGUGUGCAAGUGCCGUGCUAAACUGUUAGCCUCUGUGGAAGAGGAAAUUGGGAAGCGGCUUAUGUCUGGGAGGAACCUGUGGGGCGGUGAAGGCAGCAGCGGUGGUGAUGGAGCGAAACUGGGAAUGGGGUCGUUUUUGAAGAGGUUCUGGGGGUUGGCGGCGUUUGUGGAGGGGGUUGGGACUGGGGUGAAGGAGAAGGUGUGGUUGGUGUUGCCGGUGGGGGUGAAGAAUGGUGGUGGAGGUGGGGUGGUUGCCGGGGGCGAGGGUGGGAAGGGGCCGUGGUGUGUGGGGAGGGGUUAUGCGCAGAUGGAUGUCGCGAGGGUGAGGAGGUUUAUGUGGGCGAUUGGGAUGAUGGGGGUGGACGUGGGGCAGGUGGGUGGUGAGAAGUGCUUGGUGCAUUUGGGCAAGAUGGGGGAGGAAGAAGUUGUGGAGCCGGAGGACGGAGUUGUGGAGGAGGGAGGUGUGAGGUUGAUGUUAUUUACGGAGGGGGUUAUGGCGCCUUGA